ACCAACCAAUUUUGCCAGAAAUCAACGACCCAUCUCGAUCGAUCCCCAUGGGCAAUCAACAAGAUGAUCGUCAUCGUCUUCUUCUUCUCCAUAGAUGGCUGCUAAUUACACUGGUAGUAGUAACAGCAUUGCAUAUGCAUACGGCGGAGGCGGCGCCGGCGCCGGAGAAGAAGAAGCAGCAGAAGCAGAUGGUGCCGUGCAUGUACAUCUUCGGCGACUCGCUGGUGGACAACGGCAACAACAACAACAUCCUCAGCCUGGCCAGGGCCAACUACCGCCCCUACGGCGUCGACUUCCCUUCCUCCGCCGCUUCCCCGCCGGGCCGCUUCACCAACGGCCGCACCGUGGUGGACAUCCUCGCGGGCCUCCUGGGCUUCCAGCCGCCCUUCAUCCCGGCCCACGCCAUGGCGGCCCAGGACGAGUACGCGCGCGGGCUCAACUUCGCCUCGGGCGCCGCGGGCGUCCGGCCGGAGACCGGCAACAACCUCGGCGGACAUUACCCGCUGGCCGACCAGGUGGAGCACUUCCGGGCCGUGGCCGACCAGCUGACUUCGUCAUCCUCGCCGGAGGGGAAGAAGAAGAUGACGAACCAGUUGGGGAAGUGCAUCUACUAUGUUGGCAUGGGCAGCAACGACUACCUCAACAACUACUUCAUGCCGGACUACUACAGCACGGCCCGGGACUACGACCCGGCCGCCUACGCCGCGGCGUUGCUGCAGGAAUAUUCCCGACAGAUCAACGUGUUGUACGACCUCGGCGCACGGAAGAUCGUCGUCGCCGGCGUCGGCCAGAUCGGGUGCAUCCCCUACGAGCUCGCCAGGAUCAACGACGGCUCACCUCCUCCUAAUACCGUCGGCAAUGGCGCCGGCAUCGGCAUUGCCGUUCCUGGCAUCACCAUCUCCCUCGGCGGUGCCAAUCGCCGCAGAAGCAACAACAAUGUCUGCAACGAGGAGAUCAACAACGCGAUCGCCAUCUACAACAAGGGGUUACUCUCCAUGGUGAAGCGGCUGAACCGGCAACUGCCUGGUGCCAAGCUCGUCUUCCUCGACGCCGUGAGCGGCGGGAGGGACCUUGUGGUGAACGCCGGGAAGUACGGGUUCACGGUGGUGGACAAAGGGUGUUGCGGCGUGGGGCGGAACAACGGGCAGAUCACGUGCCUUCCCAUGCAGCGGCCCUGCGAGGACCGGAGCCAGUACAUCUUCUGGGACGCGUUCCACCCGACAGAGGCCGCCAACAGGAUCAUUGCUGCUAGGGCAUUUGGAUCAGCCCCCGGCAACGACGCGUACCCCUUCAACAUCAGCCGCCUCGCCACCUUAUGAAUUAUUAAUCCCAAUCCAAUCACGUUCUCAAAUUAAACGCUAAAUAUGGUGUGUGUCAUUGAUCGAUCGAUCAUACUGGUUUCAAUUCAAUAAAAACAAUUUAAGAAUUAUGAGUUCCAA